GAACUGGCGGGCAGCACGGUAACAGCAAACUUAAAGGCAGUUCGGUACUCGCACGUGGGUCUUCGUUCGUGUUGGAUGUGUGCGCGCAGGGAACAUCGCCAAUUGCAAAGGACGUCGUCAGUUACCACGUACGUGUCAUAAAUAGUGUUUCGGACCGGAUAUUACUUUAAUCGGAAAACCGAAAAACCUGCAAAAUUUCCGGGCUAAUUUAUCUCGCGGUAAUCGAAGUAACCGAGUUGUCUCUGUGCAUUGUUAACGACGACUUUUACUAUUAAUAGAUACAUAGAUAUAUUUUGUUAGCUAGUAAAAGAAAUAGAGUUACGUUGUUAGUGUGAUUUUCUUCCUGGUGAUUUUCAUUGGGAUUAACGACAACAUUACAGUGCAUCUAGUGACAGUGCUCCAAAAAGUUAGAGGUACCCAAAACACUAGUCGCCUAGAUGCUGUUGAGCCUGUGACGUAGUUAGCGUUGACCCAGGUAACGAGCAAGGUGUCAAAAUUGAGCAAGUCGUUCUCUCGUCCGGCGGUGAUCUCGCCAAAAUUUGGAGGAUGUUGAUGCCUGGUGCCGCUGGUCUCAGUGCCGUCGGCGCUGUGGGUGCCGUCGGGGCGCCAGGGCCGGACGAGCUGGUCUCGGGCCUCGGUGCAUUAGCCGGUACCACGCCUCAACAAAAAGACACUACAUGGACGAAAUUAUUCGUCGGAGGUUUACCUUAUCACACCACCGACAAAAGCCUUAGGGAACAUUUUAACGUAUACGGUGACAUCGAGGAGGCUGUUGUUAUCACCGACAGGCAAACCGGCAAAAGUAGGGGAUAUGGUUUUGUGAUCAUGGGGGACAGACCAGCAGCAGAGAGGGCGUGCAAAGACCCAAACCCCAUAAUCGAUGGUCGCAAAGCAAACGUCAACCUGGCGAUUCUUGGAGCUAAGCCCAGGGGUAAUCUGCAAGCGACAUUCCCGUUCGCUGCUGGCAUUCGAGCUGGAUAUCCCGCAGUUCUUCCUGGUCAAUAUGGGGUCCCACCGGGUUACGUGUACCAGUCGCCAUACUUGGCGGCUGCGGCGCCAGGUGGUUUGGUGCCACUUCCGGCUACGCAGUUGACUCAUGCAGCGGCGAUGGCAGCAGCGUCCCAAUUCUACGAGUAUCAAAAUGUCGCCGCAGCGGCCGCCAGUUAUCCAGGAACAUCGUACAAUUUCGCUGAGGCUUAUCCUUAUACCAGCGCCGCCGCGGCUGGUAUGUGUUUGAAAAGUGUCCAGAGCAAGGACAGCAACGGGCUGAUACACCACCACCAGCAGCACACCGGUAGCAGCCCUGCGGUGCUGGCACAACAACGAUUGGAGAAAGCUCUCUUGCCACCCUUUCUGCCGUCCGUGCUACGUAGCAACGCGAAUGCAGCAGCGGCAAGUUACGUGACACCGUACACGUAUGCAACGCUACCAGGUGCAGCAGGAUUGCCAGCAGCAGCAGCUGCAGCUGCAACGGCAGCGGGUGCAGCCUUCCCAGGACUCCCAUAUCAAACGACACCUCAAGAAGCAAGAUUGCAGUAGAGACUAUGAUCAGUCACAGACAAGAAAUCGGCACCAUCGAAUCUGCGAUGCAAAAUACCAUUCUUGCCGUACAAAUUUCAGCUCUCACCUGGUUACCUGCGUCGAGAUCCAUCUUUUUCUUGUCUCUAUCGACGAUCAGGCAUUAUUCGGUGUGAAGGUGCCAUUUUGUUUCAACCGUUGGGAGCUUCACUCCACGUUUUCACGAGUUAAUUAUAGAAACGGCGCAUAAAAUGACGGACAGAGAAGGAAAUUCGUGGAAACAACUAGCGCCACUCAUGAGGGAGCAACAUUAAUCCUUGUUCAUUUAUUUGGAUAAAUGUUUUUGAGCUUAUAGAAUGAUCCAAUAUAAAGAUAAUAAUGUACUGUAUUUGUGCUUAGCCAUCUUUUAAGGGUUUAGUUUUACAAUUUUAAAAAAAUCAGCUUUUGUGGAAUGAGCAAUGGGUCUGAACGAAUUUCUUCCAUUUUGUUUUUUACAUGCAAAAGAUAGAGAAAAAUGUUUCUAAUAAAAAUUUUAUAGUAUAAUAAAUACUACAAGAUUUUAUUAACAAAAUUUUGAGAAAGAUAUUUUUAAUGUGGAUUUAUAUGUAUGCGAAGAAGUGGGAAAUUGUUAAUUUGACUUUGAGGUUAGGUUCCCAGCCUUAAACGGCAAGUGAGCACGAAUAAGGCAUAUCAUCGUUCUUAUCUCGGACCAUUCUGUAAUCCGUCCAACGAGACGAGUUAGGAUAUGUUUACAAAUUCACGCUCUCGACGUAAGACCGGAGCUCAGUUGUUUCCAGUUCUUCAAACGUUACGGUCGAGGUUUGUGUACUAUAAGCCGGGCCUGCUUCGAGCACGUGAAUUUGUGCGCAUUUACUGUCUCGUCUCGUUGGAUGGAGUAUAUAAAGCCAGAAAAUUUCAAGAAAAAUUAUGAAUAAGGAUUUGUGAUGUUCCUUUGUCAGAAUCGACUCGCAAUUUCUUGCUAACUUAACUUCUAAAUCCUCUCCACUUUUUAAUCUUCCUUUCCACGUUCUCCUUUAUAAAGGGCCAAACUUGGCACGUCUAGGCCAACGUACUUCGAUAUACAAGACGAAUACGUAAUGUCGUUAGAGUUAUGAUUAAUUUAUAAUUAAACGGAGCACGAUGGGCAAUAGAGGCUUUCAAUAGACGCGCGGACAUUUUACGAACGCUAGAUUCCUUGUAAUCGUGAUUGAAAUUUACACUCUGAUAGGUUGAAGUUGAAGUUCCUUCGAGGGAAAUGAAUUUAAUCAUUGUACAGGCAAAUUGGAAAACUGAUCCGUAUUCAGAAUUGAUACUGUCGAUAACAUAAAACGAACUGAUUUAUUAUAAUUGUAACUUUGUUACAAUCUUCCAGAAUGAGAAAUUUAACACUGGAUAUCACUUCUGAAUAUUGGUCGAAGAAUCUGAAUAUUUUGCGAGUUUGAAUAUAUAGGGUGUUCCAACAUUUCUGUAGGAAACAAUGUUAUACAGGGUGUUUCAUUUUAAUCAAUCCAUGCAAUUAUCUCUUAAAUUUUUCUUUUUUAAGAAGAUUUUUUAGAA